AUGAUUUUCAAUAUAAAAGGAUGGUUACGUCAAGAUGAUUCUCCACAUGGUGGAAAAAAUCAUUUAAUGACAGUAUUAGCACCGAUUUAUUUUGUUAUAUUUGUUCUUGUUAAUGUUGUUGUUGCUAUUUUAAUGAAGAAACUUGAUGAAUCAAAUCGAAUAAUGUCUGAUGAUACGGAAAUAGAUGAAGAAAUUGAACGACAAUUAGAAGCUGAUACACAUGAUAGAGAUUAUCUUGAACAACCAUUAAUUGAUGAUAAGGGAUUCGAUAUAAAUUAUUUUCCAUUAAUAAAACAAUUAUCUUUACCAUCCAAUUUUACAUUUCAUUCAAUGAGUUCAAUAACGGAAUGUUCCGAAAAAGUCUAUUUAAAAGAUUUUGUUCAUGGUCGAUCAGUUGAUGAAGAAGGUGAACAACAAGAUAUAGAUGAUGAUCUUUUCGGUAAACGUUUCGUAUACGUGGCAAACAUUUUGCUCAUACUUAAAACAUCAUAUGAAUAACUCUUUAAAAAUAAAAAAAGAUCAAAAGACAUUUUAUUCUUGUACAUGUCAUUCUAAGUAAAACAAAAAUAAAGUCUUAUUAAACAAAGGAACAAAAACCUAAUAUGAAUCUGACUGACAUCUAACGAAAUGUUUAUGUUUCUUGUUGGUGUCCUUUGACAACAUUGGGAUUUUAAUAAGUAAUGUGAAAUGCAUAUUCAGGAUAUAAAUUAAAUAAUCAAACAAUUUUAGAAGAAC